UCGCGGUGUUUGACAGCUGAUCAGUCCAACAUGGCGGCUGUUAGCUGAAGCAGCCGGAGCUCCUGCGGGUUUUAUUGUCUUUGUCAGCCGUCAGGAGGAGCCCUGCUCCGGGCAGGAGACUCUGGAGGCCUCGGUGAGCGGAGCAGCGACAGCUUGUUUCCUCCCGGUAGAUUCCCGGUUGUUUCCCGGUAUGUCUGCGGCGGACUGACACAACAACWACAGGCGGGCUGAAGGCGGGCUGUCUGCGGGCUUUCCUCACCUGUUCCCCGGUAUGACUCACAGGUAAACUCCGCCCCCUCGCAUCACCUGACAUGUCCUCACCUCCAUCAGAGCCUCCCAGGUCCCAGCUGAGACUGGCCCCAGCACUGGACUCCCUGUCCAUCUCCUCCCUCCUGUCGGGGGGGCCGGAGGAUGAAGGAGGAAGAGGAGAGGAGGAGGAGGGACUGGGGGACYUGGAGGUGAACCCGUACGAUGGUCUGCCCUUCUCCUCCAGGUACUACGCCCUGCAGGAGGAGCGGCAGCAGCUUCCUGUGUGGAGCCUCAGGCACAAGCUGCUGGAGCACCUGGAGACCCACAGCAUGGUCCUGCUGAGUGCCGCCAGCGGGUCGGGCAAGAGCACCCAGGUUCCUCAGUGGUGCGUGGAGUUCGCUCUCUCCUUCGAGUUCUCUCACGGUCUGGUCUGCUGCUCUCAGCCACACUCGGCGGCGGCGGUGAGUCUGGCUCUCCGGGUGGCCGAUGAGAUGGACCUGAGUCUGGGCCUGGAGGUGGGCUACAGGGUGGCCCACGACGACAGCUGCACACCUGACACCUUACUCAGGUUCGUCAGCGACGCCCUCCUGCUGGAGGAGAUGAUGUCGGACCCCCUGCUGCGUCAGUACGGUGUGGUGAUCCUGGACGAGCUCCAGGAGCGCACGGUCCCCACCGACGUGCUGCUGGGUCUGCUCUGUGACGUCUGCUGCCAGAGACCCGACAGCUUCCGGGUGGUCCUCCUGUCCCACCCCACGCUCGCCCCCCGCCUCACCGCCUUCCUCGGACCCUCCGUCCCUCACCUCAGCACGGACGGCCCGGCCCAGCCCCCGGGCCCGGAGGUGGAGGUCAUGUACAGGGAGCUGUCGGGGAAGGAGGCGGCAGCUUCCUGUCACAUGGUUCUGGACCUGCACCGGAGAGGAGAGGAGGGAGACGUGAUGGUGUUCCUGUCCGGUCCUCAGGAGAUCGACGAGUGUCUGACUCUGCUGGAGAACGAGUCUGUGGCUCUGAGUCCUCAGCUGGGACCUCUGAGGCUCCUCCCCCUCCACGCCGGACUGGCUGGUCUGACCCAGAGGGUCUACGACCCGGACCCCUCGGUGCAGAAGGAGGCGGGCGGUUCUGAGGGUCCGGGCGUUAAACGGAGGGUCAUCCUGACGGACUCUCUGGCCGAGGCUUCGUUCUCCCUGAGGGGAGUUCGUUACGUCGUGGACACCGGGCUUCAGCUCAAAGCUGUUUACAAUCCACAGAUCAGAGCGAACUCUCAGGUCCUGAUGAGGAUCAGUAAACACCAGGCUGACAUGAGGACUCAGAGGGUCAACAGUCCGCUCCCAGGGUUGUGUCUUCGUCUGUACCCUCAGUCCCUGUACGAGGAUGGGAUGGAGGAGGCCCACUGUCCCGGGGUGACCGAGGAGAACCUCAGCCACCUGGUCCUGCUGCUGAAGAGACUUGACAUCGCUGACAUGGGCCAGUGCAAGUUCUUGGACAGACCAGCUCCUGAGGCCCUGAUGCAGGCCCUGGAGGACCUGGACUACCUGGCGGCGCUGGACGAUGACGGGAACCUGUCAGAAGUAGGGAUCAUCAUGUCGGAGCUKCCGCUCGAGCCGCCGCUCGCCAAAUCUCUAAUCGCCGCCUGCGAAUACGACUGCGUGGACGAGCUGCUGACUGUCGCCGCCAUGCUAACAGCUCCUUCCUGUUUCAUGGCUGCAGAAGCCAACACGGAGGAAGCGGCCGUGGCCGUGUGGCGUCCUCUGAUGCACGCAGAGGGUGAUCACAUGACCCUCAUCAACAUCUACCACGCCUUCAUGGAGCACAACCAGGACGAGGCGUGGUGCACCGCCAACCUCCUCAGUCACACCGCCUUACGGCAGGCGGCGGUCAUCAGGGCGGAGCUUCUGGAGGUGAUGCAGAGGAUAGAACUUCCUGUUUCUCCCCCAGCGUUUGGAUGUCAGGACAACUGCACGAACAUUAAACGAGCGCUCAUCUCAGGCUUCUUCCUCAAAGUGGCUCAUGAUGUCGACGGUGCCGGGAACUACCUGCUGAUAACUCACCGCCACGUGGCCCACCUCCACCCCUUCUCCUCGUACCUGUGUCUCCAGGCGAGCCCGAGCCCCCCGAGCUGGGUCCUGUACCACGAGUUCACCGUCUCCAGCGACAACUGCAUCUGCAUCGCCUCAGAGGUCCACCCCCACAUGCUGGUGGAGUUGGCGCCGCAGUACUUCCUGGGGAACCUUCCGGCGAGCGACGGGAAGGAGCUUCUGAUGGAGAUCAGGCAGAGUCUGGUGCCCCCCUCAGGUGAGCUAGACUCACAGGAACCCAGCAGGACUCAGAGAGACUCUGACGGGACAGCAGGGACUCAGAACCAGUCCAACACUGAGCUCUGUGUUGUCCAAUGAGAUGGAGGAGGGGGCGGAGCUUCUCAGGAACCCCAGCACGUCGCUGUCACUUUAUGGUUUGAUUUGGGUACUUUUUAGCAACGAUUCUUAGAUUUCAGCUGGAAAAUAAAUGUUCAGCUGAUAUUUACCUCCAUGAUGCUGCCACCACCGUGCUCUGCAGAGGGGCGGGGUCAUCGUAGCAUUUGAUUGGACGUCUUCUGGAAAACACUAAAUCUGGAGCUCUGAAUAAAGUUCAGCUCCCAGACUGUGGAGGACACUCACUCUUAUGUUUUUCUGUUUAAACUUUAUUUUAAACUCUUAUUUAAUGAGUUGUUCCUGUUUGUGGUAAAUUAUGAAUAAAUGUUUACUUUUAGGAUGAAGACAUGAAGGUAAAUUAAAUACGGUGUCAUYGUUUAGUGUGUUCAGAAACACAGGAAGUUCAGCUCUAUGCAGAUGACUUCAUGUUUUACUGGGAUCUUCUAAAUGUUUGUUUUUAYGUUUUCAUAAAGUUCGGGUGUUUGGAUUUUUAAUAAGGUCCCUCUGCCUUUUCUUACUGAAUAAAAUGAGUUUCUAAUUAAGCUA